GGAAUUUUUUCAUUGAUGGGUGCUGUAUCAUCUGAUUCAUUCGAUACAAUACAUUCAUAUAGCAACAGUUUCCAAAUACCAUUUUUAACACCGUGGUUUCCAAAAAAAGGUGGUAUAUCCGUAUUCGGAUCACUUGACUAUGCUAUAAGUAUGCGCCCAGAUUAUCAUCAAGCAAUUAUUGAUACUAUUCGAUAUUAUGGAUGGAAAAAAAUUGUUUAUGUUUAUGAUUCAAUCGAUGGUUUAUUAAGACUACAACAGAUAUACCAAAGUUUAAAUCCAACAAAAAAAGAUUUUCAAAUAACAAAUGUUCGAAGAAUAUCAAAUGUAACAGAAGCAGUGGAAUUUCUACGUGAAUUGGAAGAUCAAUCUCGAUUCUGUAAUAAAUAUAUAGUUUUAGAUUGUUCAGCACAAAUGGCAAAAGAUAUUGUGAUUAGUCAUGUACGCGAUGUAGCUCUAGGAAAACGAACAUAUCACUAUUUACUAAGCGGUUUGAUUAUGGAUGAUCACUGGAAGUCCGAAGUAAUUGAGUUUGGUGCAAUAAAUAUUACUGGAUUUAGAAUAAUUGACCAAUCCCGUCAAUUAGUAAAAGAUUUUAUGGAUAGUUGGAAAAGGCAAGAGCAAGAAGCCCAAAUACCGGGCACUGGACCCAUAUCAAUAUCAGCUCAAGCAGGAUUAAUGUAUGAUGCAGUAUUUGUUUUAGUCGAAGCUUUAAAUUUAAUGUUAGAGGCAGACACAAAUUUUUUUGGAGAAAUGUUAAGUAAUGAAACCAGAACUUCAGAUUGCAAUACAUCCAAAGAGGUAAUUCCUUGGGAAUAUGUUGAAAUAGAAGGAUUAACUGAAGAAAUCCGAUUCAAUGAUGAUGGAAGUCGUCAAAAUUAUACUUUAAAUGUAAUAGAAAUGACAGUGAAUAGUGCAAUGGUUAAAGUCGCCGAAUGGACUGAUAAAACUGGUUUCACUCCUUUUAAAACGAAAAAUUUGCGGUUAAAAUCACAACAAGAAAUUGAAAAGAAUAAAACUUAUAUAGUUACAACAAUUGUGGAAGAACCGUAUAUUAUGAUAACGGAGAACAAUUCAUUUGAAGGAUAUUGCAAAGAUUUAGCUGAUUUAAUAGCUAAAAGAUUAGAUAUACAAUAUGAAAUAAGAAUUGUGAAAGAUGGAAAAUAUGGUGCUGAAAAUCCUGAAAAAAAAGGAGAAUGGGAUGGAAUCGUUGGAGAAUUAAUACGAAAUGAGGCAGAUAUAGCAAUUGCAUCGAUGACCAUAACAUCGGAAAGAGAACAAGUGAUCGAUUUUAGCAAACCAUUUAUGUCACUUGGAAUAUCAAUAAUGAUUAAGAAGCCGAUUAAACAGAAACCAGGGGUGCUUAGUUUCUUGUAUCCUUUGUCAAAAGAGAUAUGGGUUUGUGUAAUAUUCAGUUAUAUAGCUGUUAGUGUUGUCCUAUUCACAGUUUCACGAUUCUCUCCAUAUGAAUGGCGAUUAUUAUCCGGUGAGCAAAAAGAUCAAACAGGUCAAGUAUCUGAAAGCAAUUCAAUGGAAAAUGAUUUCACUAUUUUAAAUUCAUUGUGGUUUGCACUGGGUGCAUUCAUGCAACAAGGUUGCGAUAUAUCACCUAGAUCUGUAUCUGGUCGAAUUGCUGGUUCUGUAUGGUGGUUCUUCACAUUAAUUAUAAUAUCAUCAUAUACAGCUAAUUUAGCUGCAUUUUUAACUGUUGAACGUAUGGUUUCCCCAAUUAAUUCAGCAGAAGAUUUAGCUUCACAGCGUGAGGUUGAAUAUGGUACAUUAUAUCAUGGAUCAACAUGGGAUUUUUUCCGGACAUCAAAAAUAGCACUUUAUUCAAAAAUGUGGGAAUAUAUGAAUUCUCAUAAAUAUGUGUUUGUGGACACAUAUGAUGAUGGAAUACGUCGAGUUCGUGCUUCUAAAGGCAAAUAUGCUUUACUAAUUGAAUCACCAAAAAAUGAUUAUAUUAAUGAACAAGAACCAUGUGAUACAAUGAAAGUUGGACGAAAUUUAGAUGCUAAAGGAUUUGGUGUUGCUACCCCGGUAGGAUCACCUUUAAGGCAAAGGAUAAAUUUAGAAAUUUUACGAUUGACAGAAAGUGGUGAACUAACGAAAUUAAAGAAUAAAUGGUGGUAUGAUAGAACUGAAUGCAAACAAGGCGAUAAACAGGAUGCAUCAAGAAAUGAUGAAUUAUCUCUAAGUAACGUUGCUGGAAUAUUUUAUAUACUGAUAGGUGGUCUACUGUUGGCAUUAAUUGUAGCAUUACUUGAAUUCUGCUUUAACUCGCAUUCAGAGGCAACGAAAGCCAAAAUACCAUUAAGAGAAUCGAUAAAAGCUAAAGCUCGGCUAACAAUUGGCGGUGGUCGUGAUUUUGAUAAUGGAAUGUAUUAUACACAAGAGAAACAAAUAGUAAGCAAUCCAGACCAAGAACCAAUUACAUGGCCGUAG